AGGCAGCGACCAAUAGGAGCGAGCCCGGCCCCGCCCCUUGCCCAAUCAGAAGGAGAGGGCGGGGCUGGCGGCGGAGGGAGGCUGGCGCGGCCCUUGCACUCCAGAUGCUCGGGAGCUGCCGGGGCCGGGCCGGGUUCGUGCGGUGCAGCCUCAGGUUCUCACCCCAAGGAUGUGGUCGCUCGUGCCAUUGUGGCUGGCGCUGUCCGGAGCGGUGGCCUCCCUGCGGUGCCCCGAUGGGCAGCUGUGCCAGGGGUUUGACGUCUGCUGCCGGGAUCCCGGAGGGGACGGCUACGCCUGCUGCCCCCCACCUCUGGGCUCCCCGCACUCCCUGCCUAUGACCCAGGCCAGCAGCGUGGCCGAGCCUGCCGGGACCGUGUGCCCCGAUGGUACCCAGUGCCCCGCCGAAUACAGCUGCCUGCGCACGCCGGCCGGCUCCUUCAGCUGCUGCCCAUUGUCGGAGGCCGUCGCCUGCGCCGACAGGCAUCACUGCUGCCCCCGGGGGUCCCACUGCAGUGCCGACGGCAGAUCCUGCUUUGUGCUCCCAGGUCUCCCAGCCGCUGGUGCUGUCCAGUGCCCUGAUGGCGAAUCAGAGUGUCCCAAUGAGUCCACCUGCUGCAUGAUGCCCACUGGCUCCUGGGGGUGCUGCCCCAUGCCACAGGCCGCCUGCUGCACGGACAAGGUGCACUGCUGCCCCCAUGCCACCACCUGCGACCUGGAACAUGCCCGCUGCCUCUCAGCCACUGGGGCGCAGCCCCUGGGCAGCAAGGUGCCAGCGCGGAAGCGAGCGCCGUGGCAGGGAGUGCCAGUCUCGCUCGGCGUGAUCACCUGCCCCGACCACAAGUCAGUGUGUCAGGACGGCACCACCUGCUGCCAGCUGCCGACCAGCCAGUACGGCUGCUGCCCACUGCAGAACGCCGUGUGCUGCAGCGAUCGCCUGCACUGCUGCCCCAAGGGCACCACCUGCGACCUGCAACACUCAAAAUGUGCCUCGACGCUGGGCCAGCUGCAGCCUCUCACCCGGCUCCUGGACGCCUCUGAGAGAGCUCGAGAGGUUCGCUGCGACGAGCAGACCAGCUGUCCUGAUGGCAGCACCUGCUGCAGGCGGAGCACAGGGGCCUGGGCCUGCUGCCCCCUGGUGGAGGCCGUGUGCUGCCAGGACCACGUCCAUUGCUGCCCCAAGGGCUACACGUGCGACCUGGCGGGGGGCAGGUGCCAGCCGCCCGCUGUCUCCAUCCCCUGGCUGGAGAAAACCCCGGCGCGAGUGCGAGCGCCCUCUAGGGGCCGAGACGUGCAGUGCGACGAGCAGACCAGCUGUCCUGAUGGCAACACCUGCUGCAGGCUGAGCACAGGGGCCUGGGGCUGCUGCCCCCUGGUGGAGGCCGUGUGCUGCCAGGACCACGUCCAUUGCUGCCCCAAGGGCUACACGUGCAACCCGGCGGGGGGCUGCCAGCAGGCCCUGCUCUCCGUCCCCUGGCUGGAGAAAACCCCGGCGCGAGUGCGAGCGCCCUCUAGGGGCCGAGACGUGCAGUGCGACGAGCAGACCAGCUGUCCUGAUGGCAACACCUGCUGCAGGCUGAGCACAGGGGCCUGGGGCUGCUGCCCCCUGGUGGAGGCCGUGUGCUGCCAGGACCACGUCCAUUGCUGCCCCAAGGGCUACACGUGCAACCCGGCGGGGGGCUGCCAGCAGGCCCUGCUCUCCGUCCCCUGGCUGGAGAAAACCCCGGCGCGAGUGCGAGCGCCCUCUAGGGGCCGAGACGUGCAGUGCGACGAGCAGACCAGCUGUCCUGAUGGCAACACCUGCUGCAGGCUGAGCACAGGGGCCUGGGGCUGCUGCCCCCUGGUGGAGGCCGUGUGCUGCCAGGACCACGUCCAUUGCUGCCCCAAGGGCUACACGUGCAACCCGGCGGGGGGCUGCCAGCAGGCCCUGCUCUCUGUGCCCUGGGCACCCAAGGCUCCAGCUCACAUUAUUGGCGCUGCCCAGAGCCGAGGCGUGAAGUGCAACCAGACGGUCAGCUGCGAGGACGGGCAGACCUGCUGCAAGAGCGAGAUGGGCUCCUGGGCCUGCUGCCAUCUGCCAAAUGCUGUGUGCUGUGAGGAUCACCAGCACUGCUGCCCAUGGGGCUACACCUGCAACCUGGCCACACAGAGCUGUGAGAAGCACCAGGCCGGGCGGGUGCUGCCUGUGGGCCUGAGCCUCUCCGCCUCCCUGCUGCCCGCCAGCCCGGAGCCCAGCAACGACGUGACCUGCGACGCCCAGCACUACUGCCAUGCCCACCAGACCUGCUGCAAGGCUGCCACGGGCGCCUGGGCGUGCUGCCCCUACCAUUGGGGCUCCUGCUGCUCCGACAAGCGCCACUGCUGCCCCUGGGGCUACCGAUGCUCCAAGUCGGGCCUCGACUGCAAGCUGCGCUGGCCCCUGCGCUGGGACACCGGCGCCCCCCAGGCCCACCGGCUGCUGUGAAGUGCCUGUGGGGGCACCCCUAGGCCAACCCAGUGCUGAGGAGGGGCUGUGGGGAUUGCUCUGGCCCCUCACUCUCACUUCCAGCCUCAGGGCCCUUUUCUCUGGUUUCCCCAGGGCCCGCAGACCCUAUUCUCUGCAGGACCUGUCCCACCCAGCCCCCGUGGAGCUAAGUACGGGGGUCUAAGCCCCCCGCCCCCCUUGCUGUGGGAGUUUAACCCCAGACGCAGCAGUGUGGGCGCACGUAUCUGGGUGCUGCGUCCUCUGCUCCCAUUGCUGCUGCCACCGCCCAAAGGUGCUGCAGGCACCAGGAGUGCCCCUUUCCUGCUGGAGGCCUGAAGGGUAAGGGUCCCCCCCCCCCAAGCCUCUUCUCCUUUGGUGGGUGUCUUGAAGCAGGCCUUGCUCCCCCACCACAGGGGAGCCAGGGACGCUGGGCUGCUUUGCUUUCUGCCUCCCGGCGGCAGCUACCUCUCCCUGGCACUCAGGCCCCUCCCAGCCUCCUGUUGUGCUGGAUGUGAAAGCCGGGCCUGGGGCGGCAGCAGGGGCAGGGCUGGGACAUGGGCACUGCAGAGUCCAGCUCCUGGGGCCCUCCCACCCCACUCCCUGAGCGUGCCUGGCCCUGAGCUCCUGCCUUAGGCUAGUCCCCCUGUUCAGGGGAGUCUCGGCUGCCCCCCUCACAGCUGCCCUGAGAGCCCAGGGCUGGCCUGGCACCAUGCCCUCUGCUCACCAGCUCCCCUCAGUGCCCCACCUGUGGCUGGAGCCUGUGCCAGGGGCUGAAGUGGCUGGAAGAGCGUGAGAACCAAUAAAGGGUGUGGAGGAA